GUUUCCAAGAGGCUCUUCUAAACAAAUUCUCCCUCGUUAGUUUUUUCCCUCAUUUCCUUCAGUUCCUUGCUUCCUUCCUAAAUACUUCUAUUCACUAUUGACUCUUGUCCGAUCCUUAUUGCUAGUGGUACCGAUCAUAUAUUCAUAUUCCCGCUUCUCCCAAAAAAAAAAAAUAAUAAAUAAAUAAAUAAAUAAACUCAAAACGCUCCUCUCAUCUCUCCUCCCCAAAUGGCUUCACCGCCACCGCCGCCGCCGGAAGUGGUGGUGAACAAUCGAUUUCUAGGGUUUCUAAUAUGGCAAUCCAUAACCUCAAGUGCCAUUUUUAUCCUUUUCAAAACUUUUGUUCUUUCACCUCUUGCUAAGACUAACACUAAUCUUUCACUAUCCCUCUUUGCUUUCCUAAAUUUUCACUUGUCCCACUUAUUAUUCUCUGCUUCAAUUUUUAUGCUUUCAUCUCCACAACCAUAUUCGCCGGCCUCGCCUCUCCAGCUCGCCGCCGCCUUCCUCCGUUUCCUUUUUGUCUCCGGCGAUUCCUUCUCUUCCCAUGAUUUCCGCCGACGCGCUAACCUUUCUCUUAGAUUUCUUGUUUUCGUGGUGGCAACUGCUAUUUCGGGCUUUCUCUCUUUAACAUGCGUUUGUGCGUUUGACCGGCUUAGGAGUUUUGGUUUUGGUGUUGGAUUGGUAUAUGCUUUCUUUUACAUUUUUAAGCAGCGAUGGGUCUUGGAGUUUCCAAUUAUUCAGAGACCCCCUUUCUACAGCUUCAAGAUGAGGUUUCCUUUGGCUAUUAAACAAGCUUUAAAGCUUUCUUGUACAGCUUACCUGUUUUCAGCAAUGUUGCUAGUAUUUGUCCCAUAUCAGUUUAAGAGUUAUGUGACAAUGCGGAAGUUUAUCGGUGAGCAAAUCAACCUAUUGUUUGGGAGCUUUUCUGUGUUUUUAUGUUGGGAAUUAAGUCACAAUUUACAUCAGGUUCUACAUACAAAGAGAUUCGUAUUUGCUCCACCGAAAGGAUCAGCAGCGGCGGAAACAAAUCCCAGUGAGCCUCUCCUUGCAGCUUUAGAGGAGAGCGUCCCAGGUUCUCUUCCACAGUCUCUUGCGUACCUUGAUCUCUCUAUGGUUUGUGAGAAUAAUGUUGAUACUUGGCGACGAGCUGCAUUCUUUGAAGAAACUGGUGAGACUUACAAAAGAGUUGUAGCUGUAUGCUUGAGGCCUCUGGAGCAGCUUCCAUCUACCCUAGGUGAAGGCUUUGAAACUAAUUCUGCUGAUAAGGCUUACCAGCAAUCCAAUCAAUUGCAAUCACAAUCUGAUUUGCAACUAGAUCAAAAGUAUUAUGAACCACUGAACAACUUCCAGCAAUGUGCAUGGUGUGCAAGAGCCGUUGCUGCCUUAACUGCCCGUUCACAUGAGGAGGAUAGGUUUGGGGUUGCUCAACUGUCUGGUAGCAAUGCUGCAGUUAUCUCAACACUUAUAUCUUGCCUGAUUGCUGUCGAAUCACUCAUGGGGAAGAAGACAAAUGUGCAGACCCCUCAUCAGUUGAUGGGGCCAGCAGGUAUUAAAUGGGCAACUCUAAACACAGGAAGACGAGACCUUCUGGUGACUAAAAAGAAAAGUGGCCCAAUACAUCCAAAAGCAUACGCCAUGGCGGAUGUGCUGAGGACUUCAAUUUACAGUAUUGUAUCCGCUUUUCACUAUGAAAUGCUUGCUAGUGACAAAGCAGGCCUUCUUGAAAAGGAUUGGCUUAUUUGUGGCAAGCCUCUUUUUGGUACAAAUGAGCUGCUCCUACAGAAACUGCGCCUUUUCCUGGAUUUUCGAGCUAGUUAGUUGCUUGCUUCUUUAGGCUAAGCUGCCUCUUUAUUUUCCCAUUGCUUCAGUCACAAAGAAAACAACUUUAAAGAUAUGGGUAAGUUUGUCAAACUGGAGUUAUUUGCAAUAUUGAACCAGUAUUUUGAUUUUUGCUUUGGAGGGUUGAAUGAUAGUGCCAGUUAUUUUGCAUUAUUGGUAGACCAUGCAAGCAACGAUGUUAAGUUCAAGUGUAGAAUGAUCACCUUCAAAUGUUUAGAUCGAUCGAAGAUUGAGGAUAAAGUGGCUAAUGGUAUGUUUGAGUAGACAUUGGGUAGAUCAGAAAAAUUUUGUGUAUCAAGUUUAAUGAAGUGAUUCUUAUAGUAAUAGUGACUUGAGAAGAAGUUAGGUAAAUUUUAAUAGAUUGAGUUCAGGAUUUUGUUUGCAGAUGGAUGUCCAAAGUUUUUGGUAUUUUCCAGGAUAAUGCCUUUAUUCUAGUAUUGUGUUUUCAAAUGGAA